AUGGCAAGAAGGGUUGGGUUAUGUAGCGGUGUCUCGACUAUAGAUGAUCGAUGGAUCCAUAGUGAUCAAAGAAGUGGUGGACGGUGGCCAUUUUGGUCGCGGAGGAUGAAGGAGGUGGUUCCGCUAAACUAUGGGGUUGGUGUUGGAGUGGUGGUCGACAACUAA